CCUCUAGCGAGCGCCCGUGUCAAUUCCCGCGCCAGUCACGUCAGCGCUUGCCGCUCGUCGUUUGUUUUUGCAUGUUUCUUAUCCCCCGAGUUGUUGUCUCGUCGUAAGGAUGAAGCAAAUUAACACUCAGCAGACUGUGAAAAUUCCCAAGGAACUGACAUGUUCCGUCAAGAGCCGAGUGAUCACGGUCAAGGGGCCCAGAGGCACUCUGAAGAGGACAUUCAAGCAUUUGGCUCUUGAUAUUUACAUGGUCAAUCCCCGCCUUUUGAAGGUUGAGAAGUGGUUUGGAACCAAGAAGGAAAUCGCCGCUGUGAGAACAGUUUGUUCUCACAUUGAAAAUAUGCUUAAAGGUGUUACCCUGGGAUUCCAAUACAGAAUGAGAGCUGUGUACGCCCAUUUCCCAAUCAACUGCGUCACCACCGAGAGCAACACCUGCAUUGAAGUGCGCAAUUUCUUGGGCGAAAAGUACAUCAGGAAAGUGAAGAUGGCCCCUGGCGUGACUGUUGUAAACUCGACCAAGCAGAAGGAUGAGCUGGUCCUCGAAGGAAACAGCAUCGAGGAUGUUUCGAGAUCCGCUGCCCUCAUCCAACAGUCCACCACUGUCAAGAACAAGGACAUUCGUAAAUUCCUUGACGGACUGUACGUGUCUGAGAAGACCACUGUGGUUGAGGUUGAAGCAUAAUAAUUUGUUAAGGCCAAAUAAACUCGAAAAUGGAAAA